UAGGUGACGCUGCGAUCGCCGCACGCGCUGUCCAGACUAAACAUAUUCGAAUUACUUUAUCGGUCGCGACCUCUUUGGUUCGAAUCAGUGCGUCGGACCUCCUCGGUGAAAUCGAUUGAAAAAAAAACAAGCGUGAAUGUGGCAGUUUUUGGCGCGAAAUAAACAAGUAGCAGCCAUGCUUGGUGUGCUAGGCGUGGCGGCCAUUGUGGUUAUAGUCCUCAGUACCAAGGGAUCCAGUCAUUACCUGGUGGAGAACCAGCCUGAAGAAACUGACGAUAUUAGCAAUGAUCCACACAUUUUUUCCACUUACACAUUACCAGGUGAAGACCGCUUUAUGCCCUCCAUAGGGAAUGGGCAUGUAGCUACCAAUAUCUUUAGUGAUACAGUCUACAUGAAUGGCUUAUACAAUGGCCGUAAGGGCGUAAGUCGCCGAGCCAGAAUACCUGGCUACGCCAACAUUCGUUUAAACUCUACAUUGACCCAUUUUCCUUUUAAGCCAGUUUAUAGUUUAGACACAAGAGACGGCGUUUUCAAGGUUCGCGUAGACAGAGACAGAUCAAUUGUUACCCAAAGGAUAUACGCUCAUAGGUUUUAUACCAGAGCUAUAGUGAAUCAGAUCCAAGUAGUCUCUAAGCCCCAUGUCGAUCCAAACUUUAUGCACCACGAGAUCUGGAUAGCCGUGAAACUAAUGCCCGGACCUACAAGCAAUGAUAUAACAUUUGAGGACCCGAUUCCCGAAAUAUACGAUGGCCGGACGAUUUGGAGUUCCUGUGGGCAAACGAAGGAGACUGAGGACCCUACAUACCAGCCGCUACCAGUGGAUGUUUGUGUUUAUUGGACAUCUGUGCCAGACCACCUGGUGGUCCCACAGCAUGGAUCCAGGGUAUUCACGUUUGCGAUGACAGUGGACAACAACAAGACAUUGGCCAGGGAAGAGUUACUACAAGUAUUGCAGGAGGAUGGCGAAGAGUUGUACCAGAAGCAUGUCGAACCUUGGCAUCAGUUGUACUACCAGUCUGGGUUUGACAUCGAGGGAAAUCUGAAUCUGUCCAAAAUAGUCAACGGGAUCUGGUACUAUUUCCUGAGCUCGCUACCUUCGGAGGAAUCACAUCAACCUUUGAACCGGUACUUUGGAUUGAGUCCUACAGGACUCGCUAGAGGUGGCACCUUUGAUGACUAUGAAGGGCACAACUUCUGGGAUACUGAAAUGUGGAUGUUCCCCUCGAUUCUCCUGAUGUAUCCUCAAUACGCAAAAGUUCUGCUGCAGUAUCGGUUAGACAACGCGUAUGUAGCUGCACAGCUCGCUAAAUUAACGGGGAACAAAGGUUACAGAUACCCGUGGGAAAGCGCCUACACAGGCGUGGAGGUGACUCAACCAUGCUGCCCUGAAGUGGCUGAGUUUCAGCAGCACAUCACAGGGUGCAUCUCCUUCGCAGUACGACAGUAUUUAGCCACUACAAGAGACGAGGAUUGGCUGAAGCACGGUGGCUGUUCAAUAGUUACCAACAUUGCUGACUUUUGGGCAUCACGAGCAGUUAUCAACUAUAACACAGGACUCUACGACAUUGCGAAUGUGAUGGGUCCAGAUGAAGAUCACAGCAAUAUUACUAAUUCUGCAUUCACAAACGUAGUCGCUGGAUAUUCACUAUACUUGGCGCAAUACGUAGCAUGCCUUUGCAAGUCCUACUACAUGGCGAAAGACCCGGACCACUGGGCGGACAUCGCUUGGAGCCUCUCACUGCCUUACAACGAUGAGUUGGACUACCACCCGCAGUUCAAAGGAUACCGAAGAGGGGAGAGCAUCAAGCAAGCUGACGUGGUGCUACUGGGAUUCCCCUUACAGUAUCCGAUGAACAGGACUACCAGAGUCAACGAUCUCUCAUACUACGAGUCGGUAACGCGUGGUAGUGGGCCUGCCAUGACGUGGAGCAUGCACACCAUUGGACACUUGGACUUAGAAGACAAUCUGAGGGCAGCUCAACUAUUCAAUAAGAGCUACUUGGGAUAUGUUAGAGAACCAUUUAAGGUGUGGACCGAGCUACGCAGACCCAAUGUUGGGGCCGUGAAUUUCUUCACGGGGAUGGGGGGUUUCUUACAGACUCUAGUCUUUGGUUACGCGGGGGUACGAGUCCAUCUGGAUAGACUCGAGAUCACCAGGCCUCAAUUACCUCCUGAGGCCACCAAGUUUAGAGUCCGAGGCAUAAAAUACCUCGGCUCAAACCUGACGCUAGAAAUCGAAGUGAAGAGCACUUCACUGACAGUGAAUUCUCUGGACGAAGGAUCACCUUUGGUGUUCUACAACGGCCGGUACAACGUGACACUGCUGCCUGGAAUGACAGUGACUCUAUCCGGCAAGGGUCCGUUCACGAUCCGCGCUUCUCAAUGGAAGGACUGCAAGCUGCCCGACGAUACUAUAGGACAGAACUACUUGCGACCUUUUGAUUCUUAGUAUAGCAGUUAUAAGGUACAGUCAGCGUCAAAUACACUGGUCAUCACAAAAAUCGGCCCACCUACGUUUUACAGGAAAACUCGUUUCUACUGACACAAUCAUGGUGCCCCAACAAUAUUGGUGUUAUUUGAAAGCCAAAUAAAUAUCCUUAAAGAAAAACACAUUUAAUUUCUUAAUAAACGAUUAACAUGUACAAUAAAAAAUGUGACUCGAAAAUAGACCUCACUUUGGGCUCACCUCUGGGAUCAUUAGACCAAUUUUUAUACGCGAGGGUCGAUUACCAAAGAGUUGAUAACACAUCUUAUUUCAGAUGUCACAAAACGUGUUGCGAACCUUUUGGUUACUUUGGUUGUCAUGAACUAUUUGACGCUGACUGUACUGUUCUUUAGCUUUUACGAUUCGUCGA